UCCAGAUCAUUUUCACAAGUUUGAUCAAUAAAUUAAACUCACAGUCGUUGCCCUACAAAAUUAUUCUAGUAGAGUGUUUGAAAAUUGUUCGAAAUGCAUUUCAAAAGUUUGUUUUGGCUAAAAAAGAAAGAAAAGGGAGAUAAAAUGUUCCCAAUUGCUGUCGAUGAAAGAGAUCCAGAAAAACGAAAACAACCAGUGUUGGGAUCUGCUGUCAGAAAAUGCAAGAGUAUAAGUAACGAACUGUGUUACAACGCUGGAUAUCGAAGUUACGAAAAGAAUCCAAAUGUAGGUGAUAUCCCAGAGGAUAUGAUAUCCCCACCACCAUCGCCAUCUCCGCCAAAAUCGCCGAAGAAACAGCCCAAGAGGAGGGAAUCCAUGUUCGAGUACAAGUCAGAGGCGGCCCGCAAAGUGGAGCAGAUAGCCCGGAUAAGGGACCAGCGGCGUCAGAAGCAGGCCGACGAGAGGGCGCUGCGCGAGCAGAUCAUCCAGUGCGAGCAGAACCACCCGUACUGGGAGUUCGAGCAGAUGAUACACGAGUUCAAGAGCGGCAAGGAGUUCCACCCCCUCAGGGAGACGGACCCCGUGGUGGAGAACCAGAUCACGGUGUGCGUGAGGAAGAGGCCCCUGAACGACAAGGAGCGCCACAAGAAGGAGAUAGACGUGAUGAGCGUGCCGACCAAGAACCAGCUCAUCGUACACGAGCCCAAGCACAAGGUGGACCUGACCAAGUACCUGGACAAUCAGAUGUUUCGCUUCGAUUACGUGUUCGAUGAGGCCUGCACCAACGACAUCGUCUACAAGUUCACCGCGAAGCCGCUGGUGAAGACCAUCUUCGAGGGAGGGAUGGCCACUUGCUUCGCCUACGGUCAGACUGGUUCUGGCAAGACCCACACCAUGGGAGGAGAAUUUCGAGGCAAGCAACAAAAUUUCAAAAAUGGCAUUUACGGUCUAGUGGCUAUCGAUGUUUUCAGCUACAUAAACCAUCCGAAAUACUCCAGAGAGGACUACAUGGUUUCUGCCAGCUUCUUCGAAAUCUACGGAAAACUGGUAUUCGACCUGUUGGCGAAGAAGAAACGUCUGCGGGUACUGGAAGAUGGCAAGCAACAGGUGCAGGUUGUGGGUCUAACAGAGAGGGUAGUCUCCAAUGUAGACGAUGUGAUCGAACAAAUCCAAAAGGGCAGCUUGGAGAGAACCUCUGGGAUGACUUCGGCAAACGCGAACUCCUCUAGGUCACAUGCUGUAUUCCAGAUAAUAAUAAGGAAGAACGGCGCCAGAAAUAUCACUGGUAAAUUUUCCCUGAUAGAUUUGGCAGGUAAUGAAAGGGGUGCAGAUACCUUCAAUUCGGACAGACAGACGAGACUGGAAGGUGCCGACAUCAACAAGUCCUUGCUGGCUUUAAAAGAAUGCAUAAGAGCUCUUGGCAAAAAAGGUUCUCACUGUCCAUUCCGAGGAAGCAAGCUGACCCAAGUCUUAAGGGAUUCGUUCAUAGGGGAAAAGUCUAGAACGUGCAUGAUAGCUUUGAUUUCACCAGGCGUCGCUUCGGUAGAACAUUCCCUAAACACCCUCAGAUACGCUGACAGAGUGAAAGAACUGGUUGCAAGCGAAGAAUAUGUAGACGAUAGUUACUACGCUCAAGGAGAAGAUUUGGAAGAUAUGGAGGAAGAAAAUGAAGAAGAGGAAGAGGAGGAGGAAGAAAGCUCCAAGGGUCUAAUGGAUGAAAUAAGUGCAUUGGAAAAUAACGUGUUAGAAAACAAUCGUCUAGUUAUCGAAAGCUGUGCUCACUUUCACCAAAUGGCCUGUCAGCUUUACAAUGACAGACAGGAUAAUAGACAGACAACGCAAACGUACGCUGGAAACUGGAUGAGGUUACUGAAGGAAAUGAUUGAUAUUCAAAGAGCCGCGUUUUUAGAGGCACAGAAAUUUUGUGAAGUUCUGGAAGAAAAUUGUAUUUCUUAAAACCUGAAUCUUCACUUCACAGAUCAAAUAUUCAAUAAAUUAAAGGGUAUUCUUUCAUGAUUUGAAAUGUUGCCUGUAUCUGCUCUAUUUAUACUAUUGUGAUAUCACAGAGAAUACCCGAAGAAGUUAUUUUAUUCCUACAGAAAUCGUCCUUCAGUCCUUCAAAACAAAUUGGGUAACUAUUCAAAGUUGGGUGAUAAAUUUUUCUAUAAAUUUAUGGGUGAUCUCUUGCUCUAAUUGUGGUUAUUUAAUUAAAUACUUAUAUAAUGAA